CGGUUGCAGUUACGUAAGGUGGGAAGACGUUCGAGAAGUUCAGUGUAAGUUUUGCGAAGGUUUCGGCGUCCUAAAUCGACCUGGCAUUGAUUUGAUAAAGCGGUGCGUGCGAGACUGAAGAGAAUUCAACAUUUUAAAGGACAACGUUAUUCUGCACCCGUUUUUGCUGUUUUGAGAAACCAAUAACAAAAGAUCGGGGAACAUGAAGGUGUGUGUGAUUGGAGCUGGGGUCAUCGGCCUGUCCACUGCUCAGAGCAUCUACCAACACUUCCACGAUAGGGUCACCCCUCUCACCAUAGAGGUGUAUGCGGAUGUCUUCACGCCACUCACCACCAGCGACGGGGCAGCCGGACUCUGGCAGCCCUAUCUCUACGACAAGGGGAAUGUGCGAGAAACUAAAUGGAACAAAGAGACGUUUGACUAUCUUCUAAGCUUUCUAAGCUCUCCAGAGUCAGUUAAAAUGGGAAUCUUUCUUGAGUCUGGCUACAACCUUUGCACCGAGCGUGUACCGGAGCCCUCGUUUAAAGACACAGUGCUGGGUUUUCGACAGCUGACUGAACGUGAACUACAAUUGUUUCCUGGAUACAGCUAUGGGUGGUUUAAUACUGCUCUUAUGAUUGAAGGAAAGACAUACCUGCCCUGGCUUAUGGACUGGUUAAGACAAAGAAACAUCAAGUUUUAUCAGAGGAACGUUCAAUCAUUUAAAGAGUUGGCAGACAGUGGUGCUGAUGUCAUCAUCAACUGCUCUGGUGUUCGGUCGGGUGAACUGCAGCGUGACCCUGAUCUCAAGCCUGGCAGAGGUCAAAUCAUUAAGGUAGAUGCUCCCUGGUUGAAGCACUGGGUCCUUACACAUGAUUUCUCAGCAGGUGUCUAUAAUUCGCCUUACAUCAUACCUGGGAGCCGUUUAGUCACUGUGGGUGGAGUAUUUCAAGUAGGAAACUGGAAUCAGCAGAACAGUUCUGUCGAUCAUAAACAAAUUUGGGAAGCAGCCUGCAAGUUUGAGCCCAGUCUACAGCUCGCACGGAUAGUAGAAGACUGGACUGGUCUCAGGCCUUCACGCAGCAAAGUUAGACUGGAAAGAGAGACCAUACAGUCUGGACCAAACUCAUUUGAGGUCAUCCAUAACUACGGACACGGAGGUUUUGGACUGACCAUCCAUCGCGGAUGUGCCGAAGAAGCUGCGCGACUCUUUGGAGGCAUCUUGGGACAGAAAGGCUUGCUAGCACACUCUAAAUCACGUCUUUAACAGAUCUAGACACCAACAAUAUUUGUCAUACUGAUUACAGAAGAAAACAGAUUUACUGAGUUGUGGAAUACAUUUGAUGUACAUGGAUGUACAAGGAUACCACUGACAAUGAAAGAUUAUCAUAAUACAGCUGGAAUGUCAAGUCUAAACAAUAAAUAAAGACGUUUUUGCUUUC